UUAUUAUUCAGGUGACAGUAAUUGGGUCUUUUACCCUAUGUUUUGCUCAAGAAAGUUAAAUUUUUUAAAUGAUUUUAAGUAAUUUACAUUACGACUAAGCAACAAUGAUAUAUAUAUAUUAAAUUAAGAAACAUAUUCCGCACGAUUUAGCUGUGUAAUUACAAGUAUACAACGCUCAACAGCUUCGUGUGUUUUCGUAAUAUUUACAUGUAAAAUGUGUGGCAUAUUUUGUUGCAUACAUCACCCCGAAAAUGUUUCCGAGUCUUUCAAACAGUGGAACUUGUGCAAAGACGUAAUAACUGCGCGAGGACCAGAUAGUUUGCAGGAAAAACAUAUUUUGCUCAAUCACAAAUGGCAAGGAUACUUUGCUGCCGCAGUUUUGUGGAUGCGAGGACCAAAAAUAGUAACACAGCCAAGAAUAGAUAAUAAUGAUAACUUGCUGCUUUGGAACGGAGAUCUCUUCUCAGGUUGUUUGGCCAAAGAUGGUGUUUCGGAUACAGAUGUGAUAGCAGAUGAAUUGCGGUCAACCACAGAUAUUUUAUCUGUCUUACAGAAGAUCGAAGGUCCUUACAGUUUGAUAUAUUAUCAAAAAUCGAACGCAACAUUAUAUUUUGGACGAGAUAUCAUUGGGCGACAUAGUUUGCUCGUAAAAAUAGAUAACGAAACUAAUUCGUUGACUUUGGCUUCGGUUGCAAAUAAAAAUAUGAAAGGAAUGAUGGAAGUGCCGGCUAUAGGUAUCUUUGCAGUAAAUUUAAAUAGUUCACAAAUAAACUUAGCGUGUUAUCCGUGGAGAGAACCCGAUUUGAGAUUCACGGAUAUUAUUGAAGCGUUAGAGACACAUUUGAAUAUAGAUAUUAAUAUCAGAAAAACUAUAUCGAAACAUCCUGUGUCACUGACAAAUUUACAUCUGCAUCCUGAUUCAAAAGAUGUGGAAUAUUUAGAAAAUGUGCCGUACAGUAGAGAUUUCGGCAAGAUAUUGCGACAGUUAUUGGAGAAUCAAAAAGUAAGCGAGAGAGUUGAGCGCUUGAAAGAAUUGUUGCAACAAUCUGUAAAAGUUAGAGUAGAGAAAAAACCAAAUUAUUGCAAGGACUGUGUAAAGAUUGUAUUAAAUGGCGGAAGUGUUGUUUGUGCGCACUCCAAAAUUGGCAUAUUGUUCUCCGGUGGUUUGGACUCUGCAAUUUUGGCAGCGAUCGUUGACAAAUAUGUUCCGGACGAGGAAAGCAUCGAUCUCAUUAACGUCGCGUUCGAAAAGUCUGUGAAAACUCAAAAAGUAAAUGAUGCAAAUGAUGAAGAAAAUAAAACCCAGAAAUAUGACGUGCCGGACAGAAAAACUGGGCGACAAACGUACUCGGAAUUGUUGCGAAUUUGCUCCAACAGAAAAUGGAAUCUCGUAGAAUGUGACAUUGCGCAAUCGGAACUGCAUGCGUAUCGUGGUUCGCGAAUUUGCGAUUUGCUGUAUCCGUUGUGUACGAUUCUAGAUGAGAGUUUGGGAUGCGCCAUGUGGUUUGCUAGUCGCGCCAAAGGCGUUUUGUAUCCGAGUAACGAAACGUACGAGUCCCCAUGCAGGAUAUUACUCCUGGGUAUGGGCGCGGAUGAAUUGUUCGGUGGAUACAUGAGACACAGGACUAUAUUGAGACACGAGGGAUGGGACUCGUUGGUACAAGAAUUAAAUCUCGAAUUGGCCAGAAUUUCGGAGAGAAAUUUAGGACGGGAUGAUCGGGUUGUUUCCGAUCAUGGCAAACAGUCUCGCUUGCCUUAUCUAGAUGAACAUUUGAUCACAUACGUACAACAGUUAAAACCAUGGGACAGGUGUUAUCCGACCGAAAAAAUGCCACCCGGAUUGGGAGAUAAAUUAUUGUUGCGUUUACUGGCUUGCGUAAUUGGUUUUCAGAACACAGCUACUUUUCCUAAAAGAGCUUUUCAGUUUGGCUCGAGAAUUGCGAAUGGUAAAGAAAACGCAAAUGAUGUAUCAAAUAGAUUGUAAAAUGUAAGUAUAUUUUAGUAUUUUUAUACAAGUUUUUUUUUUAUAUACAUUUACAUUAAAAAACUCAUCUAUACGCA